ACGAGCAUUGUUUCUGAACUCAAUUCAAGUAUAACAAAGAAUAUUAUUUUAUAAAAAAAAAAUGAUUCGUAAAAUUUGCAUUAUUGUAGGAUUGUUGGUGGCUUGCUAUGGUCAGGACAUAGCAAUAGCAUCAACUGCUGAAAAUCCACCUCCACCACCUCAACUACCUCCUCUGCCUUCAUUAACAAAUGGCAACAUCACUGAAGUUGAAGCGAAGAAUUUUACAAGACCUGACGGUUUCCAUGGUGGACCACAUGGCAAUCAUACUGGCAUAGGACCAAAUCAUAAUCACACUGACAUGGGACCACCAAAAAAUUCAUCAAACCUUAAUCGUCCAUUUCUACCACCACCAAAUGGCCCAUUACCAAAUUCUGACAUUCAAAGACCUCCACUUGGCAAUGGAUAUGAAGAUUCAGGUAAAAAAUCAAGUAAAGUUCCAAAAUCAUCAAAGGCAUCUAAAGCAUCAAAAAGACCUAAAUCUUCGAAAGGAUCCAAAUCAUCAAAGAGAACUACUAAACCUGGCAAAAAAGAAAAAGCUGGUAAGAAAGAUCCAACAACAGCUGUUGCUUCUUAAAAUUGAAUGAUUUUUUGAAAUAAUCAUGAUUGAUUUGCUGUGGAGUUUUUGUGAAUGUUUUUGGGGUUGUCAACUAAGGGUUUUUGUUUGAAUUCAGCUCAAUGAUAUAGUUGGAGCACCCAACUAAUUGCUAUAUCACUAAAAACUUAGUCCCAAAACUUUAAUUCAAUACAAUUUAUUUUAACAAUUCAAAAUCUACAUCAAAAGCUCUAUACCUAGUCUAAAGUCGAUGAUCUCAUACCUGACUAAAAUAUGAUCUUUAAAAAUAUCCCACAAUUGUGCUUCUAUAGCCAGCAACACUGAAUUCAAACAAAACUUCUCAGAACAAAAAAUCAACGACCUGCUCAAUCACUCGUCGCAAUCAAUCAAUCAUGAUUAACUUGAUAUAUCUCUCGAUAACGACUUGGCAUGAUCAACCGGAAAAUACGUGCUCUUUACUUAUUUUUAUGAUACUUUAUUAUGUUCACAAAUUG